AUGGAUCCAAGACGGUCACAAGAGUCCCUUGUCUCUCACUAUUCUCAAGGCAUCCCGCCCACGCAAACACACCAAACAUCAUUCCCCCAAGCAUCAUCCACCACCUCAUGGCCUUCAUCCACAACAUGCGCAAAUCCCACCUCUCCUCACGACAUCCCCAAAGAUCGUCAUUCGUCUAGCACAACCCACACAUCCGGCGGUCAUCGUUCAACCAACAUACCUCCUCGAGGCGUCGCAAUCCUCGCCGGUUCAGCAGAAUCAGAAUGGCUUAGGAUAAUCCAGACAAUCAUUCAAUACACAUUCAAAAACCCCGAUUUGCUGGAAGAGGCUUUGGAGUCACCGAAUUCGGGGGUCACGUGCGUAGGACAGAGCCAUCGACAUUUUGAAGACGGGAAUAGGGGUUUAGCGAAGGUCGGACAGUCUGCGAUGAAGCUGUUGCUUAGGGACCAGUGCUAUCUUUUUCAGAUUCCUGAAGGCGAUGCCGAGAAAAUUAUCAGCGAUAUGAUUCAUUUCAGGAAUUUAGACCAGCUGGGACGGACGACUAAGCUCGAAAGGUUUGUGAGGCCGAAGCUGUAUUUGAGGCCAACGAGAAGGAGGAACCCAUUGUGGUUGCUUAAGGACGAUGUGCAGAGAGAGGACCCCUCGAGGACAAUUGCCAGGGCGGUGUGUGCUAUUAUUGGAGCGGCGUAUUAUGAUGGAGGAUUGGAGGCUGCCAAAGGCGUUAUGGCAGAGUUGGACCUCGUCAUAAAUAUGCCAAAGUGA